GGGAGGGCUGCCGGGAGGGCUGCUGGGUGGGCUGCCGGGAGGGCUGCCGGGAGGGCUGCUGGGUGGGCUGCCGGGAGGGCAGCCAACAACCUCAGUAACACCUGCCUUCACCUCGGCACUAUCAUCAUGGCUGCUCUCCUCAGAAAAUUAGCCCAAAAUACUACACGCAGCAUGCUGUCCCAAGUGGGAAUGCAGCGCUAUUUUUCCACUACCUCACGGUGUUUGGGUGUUGCUGUGACCCAGCCUGCACCCAGCUUCAAGGGUCAAGCAGUGUUCCAGGGACAGUUUAAGGAGAUCUCCCUCCAGGAUUACCGAGGGAAAUACCUAGUGCUUUUCUUCUACCCUCUGGAUUUCACAUUUGUCUGUCCAACUGAGCUGAUUGCUUUCAGUGAGCAUGUUAAAUCAUUCACCUCUCUCAACUGUGAGAUUAUAGGUGUUUCCACAGACUCCCACUUCUCUCACCUGGCAUGGGAUAAUAUGCCAAGAAAGCAAGGUGGACUAGGAGGCCUCAAAUAUCCACUUCUUUCUGAUUUUAACAAAAAUAUUUCACGUGAUUAUGGAGUUUUGCUCGAGGAUGAAGGUGUUGCACUCCGUGGCCUGUUUUUGAUUGACCCUGAAGGUAUAGUCAGGCACAUGAGUAUCAACGAUCUUCCUGUUGGCCGCUCGGUUGAGGAAACGCUCAGACUUCUCAAGGCAUUCCAGUUUGUUGCUGAACAUGGGGAAGUUUGCCCAGCCAAUUGGCAACCAGAGUCACCAACAAUCAAGCCUGACCCAGCUGGUUCCCGAGAAUAUUUUGAGAAGGUCCACUAAGAGCAAACCUACCAAAACAUCGUAUGUUACCAGUUUAGUAUGCUAUAGUAUAGUAUCUGUAUACGGGUAAAUUCAGAUUUGUCUAAAUGUAUAAAGGUACAAGGUUAUCAUCAUUUAUAUUUACCCAUGGCAAAUGUGUACCAUUCACAAUGAUACUUUAAAGUUGUUGCUCUUUGGUUUACUUAUUUUUAAUCAAGUCUUCAAGUACUUUUCAUUAGUUCUUAAUUGAAACUUCAUUUGUAGGGAUUAUAUUACUGAGGUACCUACAAUAAUGGGAGAAUUUGCAAAAUUACUCUUGAACAUCCAUAAUGACUAAUUUUUUAACAGCCACAACUUCUAGCAUCUUUCUUGUUCAUCAGCUGUUGUCAUGUGGAGUAAGCAGUUGCUCCACCUCUUCCUUUUGCUUAUCUUCAAAACCUUACUCUCUGAGAUAUGUCAAGACCUAAAAUCUUGCCCAUUUCAACUUAAAUAUUGGGGUAGUUGCUGAAAUUAUUCACCAGUACUAUUCAAGUUCUAGUAACUAUUUACAGUCGUCUCUCUGACUUCAUCAAUUGCAUUCUUGACAUUUUGUAUAUUCUGUGUAAAAUAAUGUUUCACUUUCAUUUCUUCUCAAAAUGCAGGUGCGUGUUAUAUUAAAGGCAGCUAUCAUGCCUUGAUCUAGAGGUUCUUGCAUGGAGAUUGACUGGAGAGGUAAAAAAAAAUUUAUGUAGGAGUACAAAUAACUAGAGUAGAAUUUUAACAGGUACCUUCUCAGAUUUGAGAAACUCCAGGUACAAAGCAGUCGUUAAAAAUCUUCCCCGAAAAAGUAUUUGCUAACCCAUGCUUUCCUCCUGGACAUGCAGAAUUUUUUUUUCUUUAAUCAGCUAGCCUGCCCUCAAGACAGGAGCAGAUUUUUGUUUUAAGAAACUUCAUUCUGAUAUUCUUUCCCAGAACAAGGGUACUUUGUUGGCAUUAUACCUCUAGUAAAUAAUCCCCAUCUCGUGUGAUUUCUUAAAAUUACAUCUGCUGAUGUGGACUAUUCCACAAUUGUGAAAUCUACACCUCUUUGAACAUUUCAAAUUAACUCUUGCUUCCAGCAAAAGGUUUUGUAUUACUGUCUUUCCUACUUGGUGUAUACUGAACAUCAUUCAUACAUUUUGCUGUUUAAUUUAGUAUGGGCCUAUAUAGUAUUAUUACUAAAAGUGCUGAAGCCACACAGUAAAGCACGUCAAUCACAAUAGUUAAUGAACACUGUUCCUUAUCUUUUCUCCAGAAUAUGCUACAGAGUUCAUUCAUUAACAAAACAGUGCCUUGCCCAACAAGUAGAUGAUUGAUGUGAAACACUUGGGAUAAACCAUUAAUAUUUGACACAGCAUCUUGGAAUCUUUGUACAAAGAAAACUUUUCUGCAAUAAGCAGAGAAGUUUUGCCAGCCAGUGGAUUAUCAAUCCAUUUCAGAGCACAGUACUGGAGAUGAAAGACUGUUGGACUGAAUGCCUUGAAAGAAGGCAUUCAGUCCAGCAGUCCUGAUGAAUCUAGAUGACCUAGGAUGAACACUGGCAUACUGAAGACAGGAGGUGAAGAUGGCAUCACAGAUGGGCAGAGCCCACUAGUGGAAGUAGGUCAUGCAAACAGGUUAAGCAAGUGUAUAGAGUUGCAGGAAUAUUCUUUGUACAAAGAUGCUGUUGUGUCAGACAAAUAUUAUACAUUAAUGGUUUAUCUACUUGCUAGUUUUGUAAAUCAUUAAUAUAUAUACAUGACACAGCAGCCUCUUGGAAUCUUGGUACAGAGGUCUACAAAUCUAUGCUUGCCUAAUCUACUGCUAGUGAGCUCGGACCACCUGUGGUACCUUCACCUCUCCUGUCCUCGGUAUACAAUUGUCCAUCCUCGGGUGUAUACCUUAGAUUCGUCAAAACUGCACAACUGAUCACCUCAUUUCAAGGCUGAGGGACUGAUCACUUCUAAUUACCACUUUUGUGUCUUCCACUAUCUUCAGUAUUGUCCUCUGUAUUGGUGAAACAUCUCCACAUUAAAAAUACCCAAGUGUUA